CUGAACUCGCAAGGGGGGCGGCAGGCGGCGAGCACUGCACUCGCAGCAGGGACACGGUUUGAAAUCCGAUCCUAGUUAAUUUUUUUCCCUCUCUCCAGAGCCCGGUGCUCAAACUGUUAGUGGGAGUCUGUGAGCCAAGCUUUCACACAGCACCAAACGCCCCGCACUUCACAACCGACCCAGCGGCGCAGCGGAGCAGUUGUGCCCGGACAGCGCAGCGUAGUAGAGCGGACACUCAAAACUACCCGUGCGCUCCUUUACACGAGACAGUCGAGUGUGAUUUUGAUACACUUUUCACCGGUUUAAGGACUGGACAGAGUCGGACAGCUUAAGAGGCUGUGGUGAAUACGACUUCUGUCCCAAACACUCCACUGACUUCGCGUCUUUCCUUUUCGCCUGGAUUUGGAAACUUCAGUGGAUUUGGAUGAUUUGCCCCCUGCAUGUGAUUCACGAAACAUCUGGAGGGACCAGUCUUUCUUAAAAACCCAAUCAACGUAUUUUGUGGUGACCUUGGAAAGGAUUACUGUCACGAAAUAAUUUGGUGGGGGACAGGCAGACAGCAGUGUGUUUGUGUGAGUGUGUGGCAGCGCUCCAUUGACAGCAUGUGUGGAACGGUUGAGGAUGUCUGAGUCUGCUCUCCGUGGUGAGGAAAGUCGUCCCCGCGUCGCUCCGACCGGGAUGGUCCCACUCUGUCUCCUCCUGUACCUCGCAACCCUCGUCUUCCCACCAGUGUACAGUGCACACCUGCUGUCCCCAGAGCCCACAGACUGGGUAUCGAGUGAGGUGGAGGUGUUUCUGGAGGACUAUGUGGCGGGAGUCGGGGAUACAGUAGUUCUGUCCUGCACGCCGCAAGACUUCCUCCUUCCCAUUGUAUGGCAAAAAGACGGAGACGCCGUUUCUUCAAGCAACCGUACACGAGUGGGCCAGAAAGCCCUCCGCAUCAUCAAUGUCUCCUAUGAAGACUCGGGUGUUUACUCCUGCAGACAUGCCCACAAGAGCAUGCUUCUGAGCAACUACACCGUCAAAGUCAUCGAUUCGCUGUCCUCUGGUGAUGAUGAGGACUAUGAUGAAGAUGAGGACGAGGCAGGUAAUGGAAAUGCAGAAGCUCCAUACUGGACCCGUUCGGACCGGAUGGAGAAGAAACUAUUGGCUGUUCCUGCUGCCAAUACAGUCAAGUUCCGCUGUCCUGCUGCUGGCAACCCAACGCCCAGUAUCCAUUGGCUGAAAAAUGGCAAGGAAUUCAAGGGAGAGCAGAGAAUGGGCGGCAUUAAGCUGAGGGAUCAGCAGUGGAGCUUGGUCAUGGAGAGUGCCGUUCCAUCCGACCGGGGAAAUUACACAUGUGUGGUGCAGAACAAAUACGGGACAAUCAAGCACACUUAUCAACUCGAUGUGCUGGAGCGCUCCCCUCACCGGCCCAUCUUACAGGCAGGACUGCCAGCCAAUCAGACGGUAGUGGUGGGCAGUGAUGUGGAGUUCCACUGUAAGGUGUACAGUGAUGCUCAGCCACACAUCCAGUGGCUGAAACACAUUGAAGUCAAUGGAAGCCAAUAUGGGCCCAAUGGCGCCCCCUACGUCAAUGUUCUUAAGAGUUUUGUCAGUAAUGUAAAAGAGGCCCAAGAUACGCUGACUGUGUAUAAUGUGUCAGAAAAAGAUGCAGGCCAGUACUGGUGCAGAGCCCACAACUUUUUAGGCAUGUCAGAGAAUUCAUUCUGGCUCACAGUGUCCCAGCCAGCGGUGGAGAUGGAGAGAGAGGAUGAUUAUGCAGACAUCCUCAUCUAUGUGACAAGCUGCGUGCUCUUCAUUCUCACCAUGGUCAUCAUUAUUCUCUGCCGAAUGUGGAUAAACACGCAGAAGACUCUCCCGGCACCACCUGUUCAAAAACUGUCCAAAUUCCCCCUCAAGAGACAGGUAACAGUGUCCUUGGAAUCCAACUCUUCCAUGAAUUCAAACACCCCGCUGGUCAGGAUCGCCCGCCUGUCAUCCAGCGAUGGGCCGAUGUUGCCUAACGUGUCUGAACUUGAACUGCCCUCUGACCCCAAGUGGGAGUUUACUCGAACAAAGUUAACGUUGGGGAAACCGUUGGGAGAGGGCUGCUUUGGGCAGGUGGUGAUGGCUGAAGCCAUUGGGAUUGACAAAGAAAAACCCAACAAACCUCUAACUGUUGCUGUCAAGAUGCUCAAAGAUGACGGCACAGAUAAAGACCUGUCAGACCUUGUGUCUGAAAUGGAGAUGAUGAAGAUGAUUGGGAAACAUAAGAACAUCAUUAACUUGCUGGGAGCAUGUACUCAAGACGGUCCUCUGUACGUGCUGGUAGAAUACGCCUCUAAAGGGAAUCUUAGGGAAUACUUACGAGCCAGAAGGCCACCUGGGAUGGACUACUCAUUCGACACCUGUAAGAUCCCAAACGAAACGCUAACAUUUAAAGACCUGGUGUCCUGCGCCUAUCAGGUCGCCAGGGGUAUGGAGUACCUGGCCUCAAAGAAGUGUAUCCAUAGGGACCUCGCAGCCCGGAAUGUUCUGGUUACCGAGGACAACGUGAUGAAGAUUGCAGACUUCGGCCUUGCCAGAGAUGUGCACAACAUUGACUACUACAAGAAGACCACCAACGGUCGUCUGCCCGUCAAAUGGAUGGCACCAGAAGCACUGUUCGAUCGCGUCUACACGCACCAGAGCGAUGUGUGGUCUUAUGGUGUGUUGUUGUGGGAGAUUUUCACUCUUGGUGGAUCCCCGUAUCCAGGUAUCCCAGUGGAGGAGCUCUUUAAACUGCUGAAGGAAGGCCAUCGGAUGGACAAACCGGCCAACUGCACUCAUGAACUGUACAUGAUCAUGCGAGAAUGUUGGCAUGCUGUUCCUUCACAAAGACCCACGUUCAGACAGCUGGUGGAGGACCACGACAGGGUUCUUUCCAUGACCUCCACUGACGAGUACCUGGACCUCUCUGUACCGUUCGAGCAGUAUUCACCGACCUGUCCGGACUCCAACAGCACCUGUUCCUCUGGCGAUGACUCUGUGUUUGCCCACGACCCCUUACCUGAGGAGCCAUGCCUCCCUAAACACCACCACAGCAACGGGGUCAUACGAACAUAAAGAAAAAAAAAACAGGGAGCUUUAGGGUUUGGCUGCACUGGACCAGCAUGUGGCAGAGAAGCGCAGUGUGGGGAUCUCAUGAAAGCUUCAGACUUUCAGCUGUUCGCAGGUUUGAAGGACGGAUUUAGCUUUUCUCCUUCAGCACCUGCUUUUCUUCCAAAUCAUUAUUCAGCUUUUUGUCUUUGAAAAGAGAAUUCCUAUUUUUGUAUUCGGCCAGUUUCGUUUUUCCACAGUGAGAAGGGUCAAACCAUUCCGUGCCUACCAAAAAAAAAAAACAGAAAAAAACAGACAAUUGCUGAACUAACUAAGAAUGGAUCAACACUGUGUGAUGGCACAGUUCGGAUAAGAGUCGUCCUGUCGAACGUGGACAAGACGUGAUUUUACAGCAAUAUCUGACUGGAGUGAGAAUCAAACCCAUGGCCAGUCUCUUUUCUCCACUCCUCACAAAGAUCCUUUUUUUAAGAAGGAAAGAGAGAGAGGUCUCCUAGAUGUGAGAUUUAAUUGGAAGAUAAAUAUAUAUAACUGUGUGCUUUGUAUGUAUCUUAAAGUUUUUAUUGUAAAUAUAUAGAUAUAAAUAUGUAUCAUAUUGCAGUCGGUAGCAGUGUACUAAAAAAGAGAAGAAAGGCAACAUUUUUAAAGCAAGUGAUUAUACACUGUUGAGAUCAUGUAAACAUUUAAUCUUAAAAAAGCAAAACAAAAGUUUUAUUUGAAUUAACGUGUAUAUUUGUAAAGCUAUUUAUAGACUUAAGGUUUUUAAGGGGGUCUAAAAUUAUAGUGGGGUUUUGGUACUGUAAACAAGGGUCGUUUUCUUUUCUUUGAAUUUUUGUAAGUUAUUUACCACAGAAGUGCAAGAUCACAACCAGUGGGUUGUAUUUUAUUUUAUUUUUGCUUUCUUUUCUUUCUUUUUUGUUCCAUUAGUUUACAGUGACGAGAAUGUAUGAGUAACUAAUUGGCGAUAGUAGCAGAGUUUAAUGAAAUUUUCUAAUCUGAAAGCAUGAAACAGGUACUAUUUGCUGUAUCUCAGUAUUGAAUCCUAUGGUAAAAGGACCACGAGUGCUUCUGCUCUUUACGAGAAAACUGCAGACUUACACUUAAAGCACUUUUAUAUAAUAAAAAUAUUUUCCAUAUUUGGGCUUCCAUGCAUGACAGUUCACCAUAGUAUUUCUUUAAAAAAACAGUGUUGGUUUUCUCCAAAGGCGAGUGCUGUGGUCCUUUUAUUUAACAUUAUAUGAAGGAGUGCUAUGAGGGUGAAACCUAACAUAGCGUUUAUAGAUUAUAUGGUGAAACCAUAUUUCAAAUUUAUCGCUCUUAUUUGCUCUUUUUGCUAAUGAAUAUGUAUAAUAACACUUUGAGGUAAUCCUCCGGGUCGGUAUGUUUGCAAAGUGCCAAAAUCUUUCUCUCUGCUCUGAGUUUUAUGUUAAUGAGUACAGAACCGUUAUUGCUAUUCAACUCUAGCGUGCAUGGUUGUCAGAUGAGUGUCUCUGGCCCUGCGAAUCGAAGCGAAGCAUUAUGGGAUAGCUUGGUUGUGUCUCAGGGUGUCCUCAGACAAUUGCAUUCAAGCAGAAAGCUGGCAAUAAUAUAUAAUAGGGGGAGAAAAAAAGAGGAUGAUUCGCUUGCUGCUAAACUCGAAAACUGUAGAUUUGAUGGGAGGUGACUGUACAGGUGGCUCCCUCCUCCUGCAAACCAUUGAAUUUUUUUGUACUUGUUAAGUGCCUGGGAGGGAGUUGAGCGGCUUGCAAAAUGUGUACGGUUUGAAUGUACAGCCACUUCAGUAAAGGUUUAAGCAGGGUGUUUCUUAAAAGCGAGAACGUUAAUAUUUGUAAGGCACUUUGAUGCAUUGAGAGUGGUAGCACACUGGAUGAGAAGCUCAGCACUGUGUCAUGUUUAAAAUCAGUUCAUCUGAUGCUUAUAAUCUGAUCACUAAACUUGAUUGAAGGUGGUUCAAAGUGUUCGAAGAAACAUAUAGCUUUUUUGUAAAUAACACCAACUUAAUUAAAGCAACAAAAGAAAUCUGAAAUUGCAUACUAAUACAUAUAUAGUAGGUGAAAAACACUCUGUUACACAUGUAAACUAUUAUUCCCUGAAAAACAGAGAUGUUGUGUUGAUACUAUUUGGGGAUCCACUUAGAAUGGGAGCCAUGUGUGACAAAAGUAUGAUGUCUGAAUUUAAAAACUGGGCAAACAUGUACUAUAAUGUACUAUACUACACACAUUCAUAAUAUGUAGCCUAUACUUUUUAAGUACUUGUGUAGUUAUUUAUUCAGAACAAGUACAGUACCUACUCAAUUAUGCAAUUUGAGGAUGCUGCCCAGAUGUUGCAUGUGUCAAGAUUUUUUAACAGCCCAUCUGGAAACAAAAGCUGUGCCUGAAAGCUUUACAUUUAAAUUCCAAGGCAGGAUGGCAUCAGGCACGUCUGAAUCUGAACUGUGAUCGAAUUUUGAAGGCAGUCUAGAUGUGCCCUUCACUGCUCUCCAUAUCCCACAAACUUGAGCGUCCCAUUACUGACAGUUGAGCUGAAAAAUAAACAUGAUGUUGUCUACAUCAUGUCAUGACCGUUUUCCACAUUUGAGGGCAUUUCUAGCAAGUAUUUAAUACUGUAGUAAGCAAAAAAAUCCCCUGGUUAUCACCAACGUUCUCUUUAUCUUACUGUACAUGUUUUGCUGUCUCAGAACCCUGUCGAAAUCCAGUUUUACAAUGUGCCUUCAUGCACAAAUGCUGACCCUAAUUUCACUGCCUGAUAGGCCAGCGAGGCAACAAGUCAUGUCACUUUUUGCCCCCAUUGACUUCCAUUUAUAUUUGUGCAAAUGCAUAAGACUGAAAAUGCAACGAGUUUCGCAUGUUGCUGCGUUCAAAAGUUCAAGCUUUGUGAAUUAUUCACUGAGCUAAAUAAAAGCCAAGCAAGCAUUUUUUUUCUUUGAUUUUAAAAGAUGUCUAAUAGAUGACUAAUAGAUGUCAAACAUAGCCGUCUAGGCUAAAACAAGGCUAAAUUGGAGCUGUCAGUGAAAAUAGAAUAGAAUAGGCCAAAACUAGACUAGUCAUCAAAUAAACAGAAAUGAUUGACUACACAUAAAGUCUGUCCAGUCGGUCUAUUUGACGACUAGUCUAGUUUUGGGCUGUUCUUAGAUGUUUAUAAGAUAGUUUUGUUGUUUUAGCCAAACUGUCAACAUUAAGAUGUCUAUUAAACGUCUAUUAAACACAAAAUUGUUAGCUGGUAGAUUAAAAAUGUUAAAUAUAGAGCAAUCAACCGUUUUAUCAAAGUCACAUCAAUGUGUUUUGUCCUGUACCUUUUUGCAGCUCCUCCAGAACAAAUUUCUCAUUCUCAAACUCUAUUGAGAGCACAACUUAAGCUCUCAGACACAACUUUAAUAUUGAAAUAGACAGCCAAUGUUUUACAACUAUGAAAUGUAGUUAUCAUGAUCAACUAAAUGCAAGGUCUUCAAAAGUAUGUGUAGUUAUGGACUUUUCAAAGCUCCCCAAAUUGUUUAUCGACAUCACUGUUACAUUUUUAAACUCCUAAAUAAUGUACUUAAAUAAACAAACUGUGACUGGUAGAUUUACAUACCAGUCAAUCAAUCACUGGUUGGUUUUUGGCCAAUAAAAGUAUGAAAUUGUCCAGACGUUCUGUUGUCAUUUUGGCUAAUAUUGUUAAACUCUAUUCUUAUUGUUCCUGCUGUAUUGUUUGUAAAAUAUAAGUUGGAUCUGCUGUACUGCUCUUUUAAUUCAAUAUACUGUAGCAGUCAAAUGUUUGAAUUUGGAUGCAGCUCAACUGUUUAAAAUUUAAAGACAUUGUGCUGUGCUUUUCAUCCAGUUGUGCAACCACUUUAAUGGGAUAGUUCACCCAAAAAAUACCGCCAUUUACUUACCCUCUGCUUGUUUCAUUCCUCUUUUGAAUACAGUGGAUGAAAUUCUGAAUUCUGAAUGUUUAAAAACAGGUAGUCAUUGACUACCCUUAGUUAAUUUGUUUGUAUUUUCCCCUACACUGGGUGUCAGUAGUUACCAGUUUUUAAAAUUCGUUUGAAAAAGAACUUGAGGGAUUGAGUAAAUUAAUUUUAUUUUUGUGGAACUAUUUCUUUCAUUCUCAGAUUAUGUACUUUUCAGAUUUGAAUGACAUUGUUCUGUAUUUCCUUCUCCCAGCUGAGGGACUUCAUGUUUAUCCAGUGUUUGUCCAUAAUGAGUUAUUGAUUUACUGUUUGGUGUGGGAUGGCAGGGCAGGGCAAGCGAUCGCUCUCAGCUUACUCUUUUUUUUAAUUUUUAAAUUGUUUGUACAACCUGUAACCUCUGGCUCCCCUCCUUAUCCUCCGCUCUACUACUGACAGCCAUCUUGCAUUGUUUUAGACAUAUCAAACAAUGUUGCUGGUCCUCCCCCCCCCCAUCACUAACCUACAUUAUUUAUUCCCUAUAUUAUUUAUGUUUGAUUUAUUGUUUGUUUGUUUUUUUCAUCCUUUGACUUUCAUGCCCUUGUCUUAUUCAAAAGGACAGCAUUCCCUUCACAUUUUGUUGUUGUUGUUGCUGUUUAUGAUGGAGGUAGAGCCAGGAUGCGUUUUUCAGAGUUGAAGAAAGUUUUCUUUAAUGUUUACAAGGAACAUCCAGACAGUUUUCUAAAGGACGGUGUGUUUCCCAGCACUUUUUAAGCAGCUGGAUGAUGAUGAGCAAUACUGGUCUGAUGUCAACACUCUUUGAUUUGACUCAUUUGUUCUUUUCUUCAAUGUGAUACAGUAGCUCUAUGUGAUAGUGCCAUUCAGCUCUUAUUAGAAUUAAGCUAUUAAAUUAAGUUAUAGAUUUAAAUUUGCGAAUGAUUGUUAUGUGUCAAGUAGAUUUUAUCUAGGUCUUUUUUUUUCUUGUUCACAGGGAUGAAAUAUUCUUUUCGGUAAUAUUUCUUACAUUGCAUUCCAGGUAGAUUUGGGUUUUACAUGCGAUGAGGUAACAUCAGCAUCUGCAUCGCUCUUCAUUUAACAAAAGAGUGGAAUAGUCGACUAACAGUGUUUUAUGUUUUAUUUUCCCAUGUCUCUGUGUCUGUGGAACAUUCCGUUUUGUUUCAGUUGUGCCCCUUACGAGCUGUUAAACCUCUUUACACUCUAUCAGUCUGUGCCUGACAGAAUUACGCUGUCAAUCAAAACCUUUUCAAUAAACAAAACAAAAUGAC